GUCCAGAGUUUAGGAGGAGAAAAUGGAUUCCGACUCAGGGGAGCAGAGUGAGGGAGAUCUCUCUCCAGACAACCAUAUGAUCAACAGAUGGGGAGAUGAGAGGUUUGCAGUUGUUGGAUAAAUGUCAAAUAUCGACCUGGGCUUGUGAGAUCAAGUUGCUUAUGAGAAGCACAAGAGAGGCCAGGAGAGUUUCAACUCCCGCUCCCUGGCCCUCCAGGCGCAGAAGAAGAUCCUAUCCAAGAUGGCGACCAUGGUGGUGGCCAACCUCCUGACGGACGACGUCAGCAGUGAGAUCCUGGAUGAGCUGUACAAGGCAAGCCGGGAGUUCACCAAGAGCAAGAAGGAGGCCCACAAGAUCGUCAAAGACGUCAUCAAGAUCGCCCUGAAGAUCGGCAUCCUGUACCGCAACCACCAGUUCAGCCCAGACGAACUGGACACGGUCGAACGCUUCAAGAAGAAGAUGAACCAGGCGGCCAUGACGGCGGUCAGCUUCUACGAGGUGGACUACACGUUCGACCACCGCAUUCUGUCAGAGUUGCUGCUGGAAUGCCGGGACCUUCUGCAUGCGCUGGUGGAGCAGCACCUGACCCCGCGGUCGCACACUCGCAUCGACCACGUGUUCAACCACUUCGCCCACGGGGAGUUCCUGGCCGAGCUGUACGGCGACGGAGAGGAGUACAGACUGUACCUGAGGAAGAUCUGCAACGGGAUCAACAAACUGCUGGAUGAGGGAACACUUUAACCUCUGACCCCUGAUCUCUCACCUCUCAUCUUUGACCUGACAUUUGACCCUGCUCCUCCCUUCCUAUUACUCAAUCUCCAUGGUUGCGCCUCAAUAAUCCCCCCUUUCUCCCGAAGUGUGCACUUGUUCACUUCCCUUCAUGGAUUUGAAAUGAAAUGAUUGGUAUAUGGAACCUCCUUGUAGCCCACACCUACACUACUCCAAUGCUUUUACAUUUGUGGGGAGUAGUGAACGAGUGCACACUUCAGGAAGAAGGACAGGUUAUUGGGACACACCCCUUCUCUUCCUCCGGUCUGCUUUUCUUCCUCCUCUCAUUCCUUCUCUUCUUUUAAAUCCGCUCCUGAUCUGAUCUGUUCAACCUUUAACCUUAUUUUUCUCUCCUGCUCUCCCACUUCCUCCUCUCUUUUCUCUCCUCCCCUGAUCUCUCUUUUAUUCUCUUGAGCUUCCUGGACAGGGAUGUGCUUUAAUCGUCCUCUCCUUGUUUCCUUCCUUAUUCUCCUGCUCCCCUUCUUUCCUCUCCUUUCUUGUCUGCCUCCUUUUUUCUAUCCAGUUGCCAUGACGUUGAUGAACUGUAUGUAGAAUUCUAUGAUAUUGACCUGGUGUCACAGCUCUGUUCUGUAAGGUGUUUUCUCUACAUCCUUCUCCCUCUCCCUCUCCCUCACCGUCCCCAAAGUUGGUAAGAGUGUGGCGCUAGCAAAUCCAAGGUAACUGGUUCACUUCUCACAAGGAUCAUACACACAUAUUAAAAACAUACUGUAUUCACUCAUUGACACUGUUCUAUUAGUGGCUUUGCAUAAAAGCAUCUGCUAAGUGACAGAUAUUAUAUCCUAAUAAAGUCUAGGAAGUCAC